GUGGCUCGCUUGGCCCCUUCGGGAUCGCAUUAUAUAACCGUACGUGGCGAGCAUCCUCUUCGUCUCCAUCCGAGUUGCGUUCUCUACACUGUGACUGGUCAUUGGCCAGCCUGGAUAUUGUUUACUCGCGUUCUCUCAAGUGAUGGAGACUCUGCUUUAUCCCGCAUGCCAGCUGAAGUUGGCGCCGGCAGAGGUGAUCCCACUGCGCUGUCUACAGCAACCUCCAUUAGCCAAAUUAGUGUGAUAAACCCCGAAUGGUUAAUCGAACUGGCGCCGCACUAUUUCACAUUUGGUACAGAUAGAGAACAUUUGGAGGCAUCUAUCAAGUCAAAUGAUUAA